UCCAUUCAGAUUCAUCAUCAUCAGAAGUUCAAAUGAUGACGACGACGAUUGAGAUUCCUGCUUGAUUGAGGACACAACCAACCUUCUCUUCUCUGGUGACACGCUUUUCGAUUCAGCUUCUCUUUUUUUUUUUUUUUUUUUGUAUCGGAUCCAAUUCAAUCAGGACUAAUAGCUUUGAUCGGCGAUCGAUCGAUAAUCGAUUCUGAUUUAAAAUCCUUUCCUCCUCUAGUUCGAUUUGGAUUUUAUUUUUGUUUCUAGUGACGAAAGAUCAAAGCUUUGUUGCCUUCGAUGGUAUAUUUGCAUAGCUCAAUCUCGGUCUGCAACCCCGUCGACCAAGCUAUGCCCGCCCCAUCUCACUCUUCAAGAGCCACCACCCGUUCUUCACCAUCACCCCCCACCGUCUGCCAAGGCUCCCACUCCGCCGCCAUCGACGUCCUCAUCCUAAUCGCCGUCAUCACAUCCUGCGCCUUCCUCUUCUUCCCUUACGCCAAGCUCAUCGCCCUCGCCUCCAUCUCCAUCUUCUCCCACAUCUCCCUUCUGGUCAAGCACGAGAUUCUGCACAACCCUAUAGUCUACGGUUCGCUUGCUCUCAGCGUCUUCUGCGCCGCCGUCUCCGCUUGGCUCGUCCUACUCCUGUGCACGAUGCACAGGUGCGGGAAGCCCAAUUGUAAAGGGCUUAGGAAGGCUGUUGAGUUUGAUAUUCAGAUUGAGACUGAGGAUUGCAUCAAAAGCAGCUCUAAUAGUAAUGGGAAGAAGGGGAGGGUUGAGCUGCCUCGUGUCCAUCACCGUGAGUUGGAAGCUGAGCUGAAGAAGAUGGCGCCUCCUAAUGGGAGGGCUGUGCUGGUUUUUAGAGCCAGGUGUGGUUGUUCUGUUAGGAGAUUAGUGGUUUCGGGGCCGAAGAAACAGCAGCGUAAGAUCAAGAAGUGAAAAAGAGAGAGAGAGAGAGAGAAAUGAGAUGUUGGGGGAUGGUUAUACUUUUCUUUUGUUUCUCACAAAAACGAACUUAUAUAUAAUGUUAAUCUAUGUGUUUGAAAAAUAAGGUGCAAUGGGGAUAAGCAUUGUAAGCAUAAUGUGGGAAACUGGUUAUAGUGAAUCAACAUUUUGCUUUUAAUC